UACGACGCUGGGAAGACAGCCCUGUUGACGUACCCUAAACUCCAACUCAAACAUAUAUUGAGGGACAAGUUAGUUGAAGAUGAGAUCGACUUGUCUAAUCCGCCAUUCACCACGACGGAAAACACCUUGUGCCAAAGUAGCCUGACUGCACUGGCUGUCAAAUAUGCAAAAGAAAUCAAAACCCACUUUGCUGAUGUAUGGGACCGACUGGAAGACCUGUGGAAGGUGGCCCAGGAUAUCGACAACUUUCAGAGUGUAUGCAGGAGUCCUAUGCACAGUAUCUAUGGUGGAUCAAGUCUGUACUGGCUUCUCUCCCCGUGGAGUACCGCCGCCUCUUCCCUCUUGUCCCCCGCCAUCCACCAGCCAUGUUGACAGAAUGCCGGAGCUCCCCAUCUCGCCAUAUGGGUACAGUCAGGAGAACUAUGUGGCCAUCGAUGGAGGUGUAUGUUGUCUGUUUUCUCGAAAAAUCAUCAGGCCAGAUGUACGGGACACUGUGCUGUCGGAGGGCAAGAAAUCAUCCUCAUUGGGCAAAUUUUUACGAAAUAUUGGGAUACGUCGGUCAGGAAGAAAGAACUCUUACAAACAACAUUCAGGGAGCAGGGAGCAGGGCGUAGUGGGAAACUACCCCAUGUAUUGGGGAUUUCAGAGAGACCUCCUGGCCUCGGAUAUCACCAUGAGCGAUGAAGACCGUAUUGCCCUGAUGGUGAUGGUGAAGGAAGGCAAGAUCUCUACAGAAACAGCUCUAGAGGUGGUGAAGAGAUUUGAAGAUGACAAGAGAGCUGAUGAAGUGAAGGAAAACCGUCUGGUAGGUUACCUUGUUACCAUGGUUACACGACUACAAACCUGGGGGCGAAACGAGCCCCACGAACCCCAGUGUUGGAACAUGUGUGUAUGAAAAUGGGGACUUGAUAUGGCAUGUGUAGUUGAUGCAUCUGUGACAUACCAUUGGUGUGCCUGGUUCCGACUCUCAUCCCUUGGGCUGCUAUAGUGGCUGUCAUGUCUCUGAGUGUGGUGGUAAAAAGCAGCACAAAAACAAGCAAGUACACAAACAAUCGCACAAAUCACAAACAAUCGCACAAAUCAUCAAACUUGGAGCCAUAAAUUUGAUACUGAAUCCCUAUAUGAAGAAUUUACCUGAUACUUCUGUCAGUCAUGGCCAACAAUCGAUUGUUUUGAUAAAUCUAACAUAUGAACAAAUAUUUGUAUCAAGGUACAUAAUUUUAGUCAUUGAAGAGAAAGAAACUUUUAGGAAUACAAAAUUGACAAAAGCACUGUUUGUCUUAAAAUGUGACAUUUGAUAUCACCAUUUUCAUGGGAGUAGUGUGUCAUCUUUGUUUGAUAAGUGAUCAGGGCCAGCUUAUUUUUUCAGUGAUUGAUUAAAAACCUGUUUUUCAAAUGAAAUAACUAAACAGUCAAAAGAUACCCAAGCUCUUGUACUAGUAAAAUAAAACGGUAUAGUCAAAGUGUGAUUUAUUCCAUUACCUGAAUGGAUGGUGCUCUGAAAAGGAAACUGUAAAACACUCUGUAAAAUUAGAGAUAUCGUCUCUCUCUCUGGUAGAAUCAAUGCUAAAAAAAAAGACUUAAAUUAUUUUUAGGAAGAAGGUACUAUACUUUUUGAUAAAAUUCAGUUUCUGGUUAACAUGUCUCAAACGCAUCAAAAGUAUCGAUUAUAUUGCUCAGUUCCAUCGUUCUUCACAAACAAGUUAGAGAAUGCCCACAUUUAGAAGCCUGUGUUUCAGUACCCAUCAGCCAUGAGUGAUGUCAACUUAUGGUACACGUUUGUCAUCUUAAUUAACUGUAAACCAUUGUGAUCAUCAUUUUACAUUGACUUAUUUCUACCUGUUACCAAAUCUUAACUCACCUUUACAAGUUAAUCUAGUUUACCAGGACAGGAAAAUAGUAGAUUCUAUUUUGUAAAAUGGACUUUAACUGGUUUUGAAGGUUGAAUGUGUAGAUCAUAUACCAUUACAGUAUCAGAAGAGAGAGCCAGGAAUGUCUCAUUGGACAUCUUUAGACAUUUGAAAUUAUAUGAGAACAGAUGAAAAAUUUGACUCCAUGGUAAUAUCAGCUGUCAGGGCUUCUUGCGUGAGUCAUGAUAGUUUUAAUCUGGUAGUUUAGAUUAUUCCUGACUUUAUUAAAUGUACGUUCAAUCAUGUUCCCCGUGUUGAUUCUUGAGUCAUCCAUUGAUCAUAGGUUUAGAGAUGAUCUGCCAAGAGAACUCCUGCAGGCAGCCUACCGGGAUCAGGUGUCGCUUCACGCUGCCUGUUGCUCAUGCAACAACCAAACACAGUUGUCAGGGGAAUGUCCCCUCGCAAUCAAAACUGUCAAUUAUUGCAGGAGACGUGCAGAUCAAACAUUUCUAAUUCCAUCUCAUUACUCAGUGUAAAUGGUGGCCAUCUCCAUGUUAUUCAUGCUCCAAAUCAGGAAGGAUUGGUGUAGAAAGCCAUUACAAGCUAUUUCACUUGCCAUUCACCUUAGGGAGGGCUGUAUUUUUUAAGUCAUAAUGAUCAGUUGUCAAGGAAGUAUCACAAUCAAUUUAUUAUGAAUGAUUUUGCUGGUUGGUCACUGAGUGAGUUGUUAGGAAAGUGUUGUGGUGAAUAUGAUAGAGCCAAUUUAACCCUAAUACCAAGGCCUCAGAAAGAUAAUGUUAUUCCAAGGGUCCGGAGGUUAGCCUAUUCUCUUCAGGGAAUUCCAUUCAGUUUUAUCUUGAUUCGCUGUGAGAUUCAGAACUAGAUGACAAGUCCCUGUUUGUUUUUGCUGGCCAUUAUUGGUUUAAUUCAGUAAUAUCUCAGCUGUCAGAUUCUAUCAACAUUUAUCUGAAGUUUCCUUUGAUCAAAAUUUUAGUAAUUCUUCUGAAUUGAUGCAAUUGAAGACUUCUUCUUCCUAAAGAAAAUUGUUCCUAUUGGGAGGUGUGAGACAUUUUCAUUGAUUAAUGCAAACUUUAUUUAAUUCAAGAUUCAAGUUAAAUAUGACAUUCUUCACUGCACAGACAGAAACUUGGCUUUCACACAAGGGUCAAUAAAACACACAUUUAUUCAAGAACAUAGAAUUAGAUUAUGUGAAAUGAAAAUUGGAAACAAUUUAAGAUGGACAUUUCUUUACGGGCAGUUCAGUGUUUGGUUUCCUGGUUUGAUGUAGUUGGAAAAUAAAAAGUAAUUUUUUGUGACUAUAGAUAACAGUGGUUGUCACCGCUGAGAUUAAGGCUGCCUGUCCACACCUCAAUUCUGACUAGUGGUUUAUUUAACGUAACUGGAUUUGGGAGAAAACCGGGAGUCCUGUCAGAUUUUCACGCAUCUCGGAACAACUAAAUUGUUAGUCAUGACCCUUUUUGUAAGGAAAGUAUGAGACAUUUUUGCAUUAAGACAAGUAACAAUGACUGAUUUGAAGUAGGAUAUUCUGUCAGUCACAAAGAUGUCCUACUGCCAUGACUGUCAGCAGUAGAGCAUAGGAUAAUCCUAGUGCUGUGAUUGAGUUAAGCCUGUGUUAGUGCAUAAGAUAAUUCUAGUGCUGUGAUUGGCAUAAGCCUGUGUUAGUGCAUAAGAUAAUUCUAGUGCUGUGAUUGGUAUAAGCCUGUGUUAGUGCAUAAGAUAAUUCUAGUGCUGUGAUUGGCAUAAGCCUGUGUUAGUGCAUAAGAUAAUUCUAGUGCUGUGAUUGGUAUAAGCCUGUGUUAGUGCAUAAGAUAAUUCUAGUGCUGUGAUUGGCAUAAGCCUGUGUUAGUGCAUAGGAUAAUCCUAGUGCUGUGAUUGGC